UAUCUCGCCGUUUCCGUUCCUAUCGAUAACCCUAAAUCCAGCGUAUCCCGGAGGCUUGCGGGGAACCACUUCGUCCCGCUGCCAGUUAUAAUAAUAUAAACAAUCCUCCGAAUCGCGCAACCCUAGUGCGCACCGGGACUCUCUGCGGCGAUUCUGUUCAGGCGCAGGGAACGGUCUACAUCCUCCCAACCUCUCCAUCUGCUAGGCGCUGUUGGGUUCACAGGAGGCUUGAUUGAAGCAGUUGGGAUACGAUGACAGGGCCAUACUGGCUAUGACAACCGAAGCCACCAUCUCACCCAUGGUCUCCCAUCCCCAGGUUCUGGGUCGCUCUACCCCGAUGCCUCCGCAGGCGCUGUCGUCCCGUCAUACUCAUACUAGACGCCAUCGCUAUGGCCGUUCGCAUCACGGAGGAUCCUCGUACCAGCCCCAGAACGAAUUUCCUAUUUUCACUCAUACGGGGGAUGUGGAAAUCAUCAUCAGCGCCGGUGGACAGGAACGGAGAUAUUUGUUGCAUCGUUUGAUACUGGCUCAGUGUUCGGGCUUUUUCGAAGCCAGCACCAGCGAAGAAUGGUCGCGCACACAGGCGCAGCCGGUGACCCAGACAUCAUCGCGAACAGAACAGCAACUGCCCUGUAUAGACGAAGAUGAUCCACAAAGUGCAGCACCAUUGCAUGCAAAUCAAGGGUCUGCAACUGGGUCUGGGGUGUCGGGAAAGAAGAGAUGGAGAUAUGAGCUAGACUGGGAAAAUAGAGAGGAAGAUGAAGAACCGAUCUUGGUCCAGAAGGCCCCAAGCUCUACGACCGUCUUCGGAGGUGACUUUGCUCCUCCUCCUCCCUCAACGACCAAACCAUCAGCACCGCAGGCAGGUUUCUUUCGGUCCAUGGCCAACCUGGCAGGCAUGCAGUCCACUUUACGCCUUCCUAACAAUGCUGUCGAAGAAGCUCCGGUUGAUCCCCUCAUUAGAGACUACGACAAUCUCUUCAGAAUAUUCUAUAAUUACCCUCCGGUGUUGAACAGUAUGAAUAUAGCUUCUGCAUAUGCAGAAUGCAAGGCCCUAUUGGGUUUAGCUGACAUGUACGAUGCCCUUCCGGUUACUGGAUCUAGGGUGGACCAUCAUCUUCUGCGCUUCGGAUCGCGACUAUUUAAGCAGAUCGCCAAAUAUCCACCUAGUUAUCUGAAGCUCGGAUAUCUGGCGCGAAGUCGCAUCAUAUUCUCCGAAGCUCUUAUCCACGUCGUGGGCCAGUGGCCAGCAGCCCUCCCUCACCUCCGAGAGGCGCCCUAUUCCCCGAUUCCGGACUCAGUGCUCGACCUGAUUGAAGAUAAGGUCGAUGACUUGGAGGAACUGAAGGCGCGGGUAGAGUCGAAGCUCUUUCGCCUCAGUUUGACCACCUCUCGAGGCGAGCGCGUCAGCCCGGCUAAUGCUUACCUUGACUGGCUUGCGGUAUCCUUGUUUCGACAAUGGCUAGUUGAAAACACGACGCCGCCACCAGCGCCCAUCCUCAAGAACUCUGCGCAAAAUGCCAAUGCAGGGAAUGCCAAUAGUACGAAUCAAAACACCACUGCUGCAGCACCGAGAUCCGCACCGACGCAGCCACCUUUCAACCCUGGCCGGGUCUACCGUCUCUUAGGCUCAUCUUCAAGCCAAGCUUACCUCCCUCGUGACGAACUCAAGCGAUUUCUGAAGCUUCACCCAGGCUCCUCUUCGUCAGAUUCAUUCUAUUCCCGUGACAACCUCAAACGUUUUGAGCGGAAGAUGGAGGAGAUCAAACGCCUGGCAAGAGAAAUCGUCAAGCCGCUCAUGCGCAAUUUCCUGGAGCUGGAUCUCCGAGGCAACGAUGGCGGAGGGAGUUCAGGAGGCAGCGGUGUCGGUGAUGGCGGGUUGGGAGGACUGCCCUACUUGACCUGCACGAAAAUUGACGACCAAGACCUUCCAUGGGACUGAUUGAACACGGCCGACAAUACGAAUUUAUAACCUUUUUAUGACCUGAUGGGCGGGGACCACCCACCUAACCCAAUUUUAGUAUACAAUCAUCUAGGAGCCAACGGGCUUCUUCCUUCCAAGCC